GCAGAGAACCAGGCGCUCAAGGGUCAGGUCCAGGUCCAGCAGCAACAGCAGCAACAACUCCAGCAACAGAUGGCCGCCAAGUCCGGCCCCGACAGCGCAAAAAUUGUUGAAGAGGUCAAUAGACUGCGGGCUGAGUUGGAGAGACAGCGCUCGGAGACCCAGAAGUGGAUGCAAGAGUCGGAACAGUUGCGCAAACAGCUCGAGAAGGCCCAGCAGGACAUCAAGACCUGUGCCAUUGAAAGGGAUCGCUUCCAGACUCAGUUGGAGAAGAUUGUCAACGAAUUGGCACAAAAGGAGCACGACUUGCAGUCGUCUAAACAGCAAUUAGCGAAAGGACUUCAGCAGCAAACGGCUCAACAAAACACUGAACUCCAGGCGCUUCGCAAACAGUUGGACGAUAAGGCAAAGUCUUUGGACGAGACGGAGAGGUUGCUUAAGAAGCGUCAGACAGACAUCGACCAAAUGGAGGUACAGCUGCAGAACGCCCUGAAACAGGCUUCCGGUGCGGCGGCGACCACCAGCGAUGCCAUUGUCACGGAUUUGCGCAAAAAGUGCGACGCUUUGGAGAAAGACAAACAACAGAUCCUGAAAGAGAUGCAGAAGAGUAAGGAUGAGUCGAAUAGUAUUCAAUCGGAAUUAGAGAGACUCCUGAAGAUUAUGUCGAACUCCGAGGAAGAGAAGUUUGCCUUAAAUAAGCAAAUCCAAGAAAUGCAAAAUGCUCUCAGAGCCGCACAAAGUAGUGGUUCCCGAAGAAACACGCAAAGUGCCCAACAGCUCGAGGAGGGCAGACCUCAGGCCAGACCUCCGUCUGCCACCGGAGCACCGCCCGGUCCACCCGAUCCGUCUAAGGCACCACAACAGCAACAGAGACCACAACAGCAACAGCAACAACAACAACAGGUAUGUCAUGAUCACCUAAUUGGUUAUAACACGUAACAUAAAUCAUAUUUUUAAAAUUAAUAUUAAUUUAUUAAU